AUGAAGAUAUUUUUACUCAUUUUUGCUUUGAUCAACGUAACUCGAGGCCAGGGUGGCCUCGGAGUCAACAUAAUGGAUUUCAUGGGCCCAAAUGGAGUCGACUUAGUUGCCUUUCAGAAGGCGAUGGAAGAAGCUGCAGCAAGACUAGCUCAGGAAUCGGCUCAGUUAGCUAGAGAGGAAGAGAGAAAAAGUAGCGAAGCCGCGAUUGAGGAAGCCGAAAAGCGGACAAGAGAGCAAGCUGAAAGAGAGAAAGAAGAAGCUCUGAAGAAGGCAGAAGAAGAGAAACAAGCUGCGCUUGAGGCGGAAAGACAGUCCGCACAAAAGGAAAAAGAAGCAGCACUUGAAGCUGAACGAAAAGAAGCCCGGCGACAACGAAUCAUUGCCAUCAGAAAAGCACGAAAAGAAGCGCGAGAAGCAGCCUUAGCAGCAAAAACAGCACCAUCAACAACUACAACGACGUCAACUACAACUUCGACUACAACCUCAACAACUACGUCAACAACAACGACUACAACCAAAUCGACAACAACAACAAAGCGACCAACUACAAGAGGCGCUCCAAGGACUACUCGUCCUCGUGUGACUCGGCCAGCUUUAGUUAAACUUGAUCCUGAAAUCUUUGGAAAAUAUCGAUACUGCCGAAAAUGCGUUGGUGAAACUGCCGAGGACUGUAUCAAAGCAAAUCGUCUCGAAACUUGUCGAAAUCCCUCAAUGACAUGUCACGUGAAUUUCCGAAGAACUCAUGGCGUAGCUAUCUUCCGAUCUGGUUGUAUGAAGCUCGAUGAGUGCCAGAAUCACGAGCGUCAGAACAUGGGCAGCGCUCACGGCGCACGAAAUAUUUACACCAUGCAAUGCAGACCGGGUUGGGUUUUGCCAGGAAGACCAAGUACAUGCACUUUCUGCCAUAAGAUGGGAACAUGGGAAAAAACACAUCUUCUAUUUCAAAACGACACCAUUGGGACUAAUGAUCCAAAUGGUAUUCUUGGCUACUCUUCCUUUGAGGAAAUCUUCGCUCAUCCACUCAAAGAACUUCGACCAAACACCGCACUCUCUAAGCAAAAGUGGUACAUGAAUGCGCCACCAUCUUACUGA